UAAGAUGAAACCUCUUAAGAAGAAACGUAACGCUACUGAUGAAAGAAAGGCACCGGGUACUUAGCAGGGUAUCUCGAAAAGGACAUUGAACAAAUUGGUAGGAGAAGAGAAUAGUUUGAGAUUCACUGUCAUAUGUCUAUCAUUAGCCCUGACGCACUUUGUUUACUUUCUAAAGUAAGGACUUGAGGUCUGACUCCCGAAACCUUUCCAGUGUUUGGAUACAGUCUCAAGGCAACAGAAGUUUGGUGUCAGAGCCUCUCCUGUCAGAAGCUUACUGGUUUAGGCGUCAGUUGCUCGGUUUCGCCUCUUCUCGUGUUAGUCACACGUGAAAGUUGACAGAGACCAUUUGAGAACCAUGCCAUGGAUGUUCAAAAAGACAAAACGUCUUCUGCUGCCAAUUUCUUCUGUCGCAUUUGUUGUGUCAUUGGUUGCUCUCGUUUUAGCAAUAAUCUUAGGUAACAAGAAUCCAGAUAAACCAGUUACCAACUUAAAGUACAAUGACAUUAUGCAAAUCGUCGGUAAAGUUUGCUAUUCGACGGCACAGAAUGACUCCCUGUUGGCACAAGAAGCUGACGUCACUCCAAGCAAUCGGAGAGUGGUGUCAGCUCACGUGACUCUACGACCGUAUGGUUUGAACAACUCUGGGUGCCAUCCCGACCUUAACAAACCCAGAAACGAUGUGUCCAGUAGUGAAGAGACUUGCAACCGUCCUCUGGCAUUAAAUUUAUAUCUUGACAAGGAUUACGAGCACGCCGAAAACAUUAUCGUCACUUCCGAAUGCUUGACCUUGAAAUACUCUGGCCUGUACUAUGUCUACGCAUGUGUCUACUUUAAGCCGCACAUCUCCCAUUGUGCCAUGAAUAUGACACCGCCAUUGGACAUGAAAUGGCAAGUUUCCACGAAGUCUGGCCUUUUCCCUCACUUGCAAACAGUUCUGUUCAGUGGUGUAGUCACGUGCCUAAGAAGCUGUAGUGAAUUUGAGAAGUCUUCUUUCUCAGGCAGAAAUUUUCUACUUAAUGUUAACGACACAUUGUUUGUUGAAGUCUCUGAUGACAGCGUUGUCAACUUUGAUAAAACGUCCAGCUAUUUAGGAGCACAUAGAUUGGUCGAAAAUAAACGUUUCAAAGAGCAACUCACCAAUGUUAUAGACAACGAAGAAUUCUAAUGCCAUAGAUGACUCCCUGGAUAUAUAUAUAUUCUUUUUUUUUUAGAAAGAUUCAUCCUUCUCUUUAUAAACAAUUUCACAAUGUGAAUUGAGACGCUAUAUUCCUCUUCUGUAAAUCAUGAUUGGAUGUUCAGUUUUUAAUAGACAAUGAAAUUAUGAAAUUAAUACAAUAAAAAAUGGAAUUUAUAGUG